CAUCUCCAACCUUUAGCCAAAAUCCCAUUCCGUCACCAGUUUUCAGUUUUCCAACCAGUACAUAAUAACUCAGUAGAGAGAGAAAGAGUAAAAAUGUCAGGUUGGGAUGAAGGAGCAGUCUACUACAGUGACCAAGCUCAGUUCCCGCCUGGUCGUAUCGGCGACAACACCUACAACAGUUCCGAUGCUUCUGCAGCUUCCAGCCGCCAUUCCGUUCUGCUCAAAUUCAAGGAGUUCAUCCGAAACUUCGAGACUUCCUCCAAUGUCUUCCCAUACAGAGAAAGUCUCAUUCACAACCCUACUUCUCUCAUCGUCAAUCUCGAACAUCUUGUCGCUUUUGAUCCGGAUCUUCCUUCCCUUCUUCGCUCUUCCCCCGCUGAUUAUCUGCCUUUGUUUGAGACGGCGGCUUCCGAGGUUUUAACGAGUUUGAAAUCAAAGAUUACUGGAGAUACUGGAGAAAUGGAGGAGCCUUUCACCGAGGAUAUUCAGAUUCUUCUUACCUCUAAUGAAGAUUCAAUCUCUAUGCGCUCUCUUGGUGCUCACUAUAUAUCAAAAUUGGUGAAGAUUUCUGGAAUCACCAUAGCUGCUUCGAGGACCAAAGCAAAAGCUACGUAUGUAACUUUACUCUGUAAGAAUUGUAGAAAUGUCAAGCUUGUUCCUUGCCGUCCUGGUCUUGGUGGUGCUAUUAUUCCUAGAUCUUGUGACCAUAUUCCUCAGCCUGGUGAAGAACCAUGCCCUCUUGAUCCAUGGCUUGUGGUUCCUGAUAGAAGCAAGUAUGUUGAUCAACAGACUCUGAAACUUCAAGAGAAUCCUGAGGAUGUUCCAACUGGAGAAUUGCCAAGAAACAUGCUUCUUUCUGUGGAUAGACAUCUGGUACAAACAAUUGUUCCUGGCACCAGACUGACUAUCAUGGGAAUUUACAGCAUUUUUCAAGCUGCCAAUUCUGCUACUGCCCACAAGGGAGCUGUUGCAGUUAGACAACCAUAUAUAAGAGUUGUAGGAAUAGAGGAAGCCAAUGAAGCCAACUCCAGAGGUCAAGCUGCUUUCACAGCUGAUGAGAUUGAAGAAUUCAAAAAAUUUGCUGCCCAUACUGAUGUGUAUCAAAGAAUAUGCUCUAAAAUUGCUCCCUCAAUUUUUGGCCAUGAUGAUGUGAAGAAAGCUGUGGCCAGUCUUUUAUUUGGUGGAUCAAGGAAGACUUUGCCAGAUGGUGUUAAGUUAAGAGGUGACAUCAACGUGCUGCUACUAGGGGAUCCUUCUACAGCCAAAUCACAGUUUCUCAAGUUUGUCGAGAAGACUGCACCAGUAGCUGUUUAUACAUCGGGUAAAGGAUCUUCUGCUGCUGGUCUUACAGCUUCUGUGAUUCGAGAUAGUGGCUCGCGUGAGUUUUAUCUGGAAGGUGGUGCUAUGGUUUUAGCUGAUGGAGGUGUUGUCUGCAUUGACGAGUUCGACAAAAUGAGAGCAGAGGACAGGGUUGCUAUACACGAGGCAAUGGAACAACAGACAAUCUCUAUUGCUAAAGCAGGUAUAACAACUGUUCUUAAUUCCAGAACCUCAGUGCUUGCAGCUGCCAAUCCUCCUUCAGGGCGUUAUGAUGACUUAAAGACUGCACAGGAUAACAUUGACCUGCAGACAACUAUUCUUUCCAGAUUCGACCUUAUCUUCAUUGUCAAAGAUAUUAGAAUGUACAGUCAAGAUAAGAUAAUUGCGAAUCAUAUCAUUAAAGUACAUGCGUCUGCUCAUGCGACUACUGGGGAUCCAAAAACUUUGAAAGAGGAGAAUUGGUUGAAGAGGUAUAUUCAUUAUUGUAGAACUCAUUGCCACCCUCGCCUGUCAGAAUCAGCUGCAAAGAAAUUGCAGAAUGAGUAUGUCAGCAUUCGACAGAAUAUGAGGCAACAAGCAAAUGAAAGUGGGGAGGCUGCUGCUAUACCAAUCACCGUUAGGCAACUUGAGGCUAUAAUUAGGCUAAGUGAGGCCCUAGCAAAGAUGGAAUUGCUUGAAAUUGCCACAGAUAAGCAUGUAAUGGAAGCAACGAGGCUCUUUAAUGUUGCCACUAUGGAUGCAGCUCGUUCUGGAAUCAAUUCUCAAAUUAAUCUUACCGCCGAGAUGGCAAACGAGAUAAAGAAAGCAGAAGUAUUGAUAAAGAGAAGAGUUGGCAUUGGUAGCAAUAUAUCAGAAAGACGUCUAAUUGAUGACCUGAGCAGAAUGGGGAUGAAUGAAUCUAUUGUAAGAAGAGCAUUGCUGAUAAUGCACCAAAGAGAAGAAGUCGAGUACAAGAGAGAAAGGCGAGUUAUUUCACGAAAAGCCUAAAUUGUCCUCAUUUCCUGUACAAGCAUCAAGCAUCCAUGUGUUCACUGAAGACCUGUAAUUGUUGAAGCAUAUUCCUUUGUAUUGUUAUUUUUAAUGAUAAUUAUGCCCUGUACAUUGUAUACUAGUAUUUUCUUGGUGAACACACUAGUAAUCAUUAUUUGGAUAUGGUACAUGUAAUUGCCUAGCUUUUAAAAAUGUUCUAGUA